AUGAAGUUAGUAAUAGCAACGUGGCUUUGCUUGCUGCUAGCCAGCUCCGUGUUCGGAUAUCAAGUCAAACCGAAAGAUUUUCAUCAGAUGGUGGACUCCCUGGAACGGCACUACGUCAGCAUCCAAGAGGAAUUUCAGCAGGACUUCGAAGUCUGGCAGCAAACUAAGGAGAAGACAGCUCGUCUGCAGCAAGUGUUCGAUGUUUUGAAGUUUAGCGAAGAGGAACGUCGUAAUGAUUUGGAAGAUCUGCCACACGAAAGGCAAACAACGUUCUGCAUUCUCUGUCGGUCCAUCGUGUCGCAGUUGAUGCAGCAACGGGUGAACGGAGCUACCAGGGCGGAUUUGUUUGCAACGGCCUACGAACUAUGCACCACUUUGCAGAUCCAAGAAUCGGAUGUUUGCUUCGGUGUGAUAGAGUUAAAUAUCGAUUUUUUCCUCUACAUUUUCGAUAACCGACCAAACUUAGGAGCGGACAGUGUGUGCGGUGUUAUUUUUCAAUCUUCCUCGUGUGUUAUGAAUGAUCCAGAAUUCCUCGACUGGUCCGUCAAUGUGGACACGAAUGGAGAACCAAUUACGCAAUCGAAACAUUUCCCAAAUGCACGCAGCGAAAAUGACAUCAAGAUAGUGCACAUUACCGAUCUUCAUUACGAUUCGAAAUACGAAGCAGGUUAUAAUGCUGUCUGUAACCGGCCAGCAUGCUGUCGCAAUGAUCAAGGUAUUCCAAAUAAUCCCCAAGAAGGUGCCGGUUUUUGGGGAGACUAUCGUGACUGUGAUAGUCCGUGGGUCUCGGUUGAAGACACCAUCGAUCACAUUGUCGAAAAUCACCCGGAUGCGGCUUAUAUCUAUCACACGGGCGACAUAAUCGAUCAUGGUGUUUGGGAAACCUCGAUCGGGCACAACAUUCGUUCCAUGAAUAGGUUGCAUAACAAACUGAUCGAAGCAUUCCCAAAUACGCCCGUCUACAAUGCUAUAGGUAAUCACGAGGCCCAUCCGACUAAUGUUUUUGCACCGACCAUUGCGAAUCGUCCAGAGUUGUCGGUCGGCUGGUUGUACAGUUAUCUGGCGGAUGUUUGGGGUCACUGGCUUCCACGAUCAACGAUCAACACAAUCCGUCAAGGUGGUUUCUAUACGACACUCGUUCGUCCUGGUUUACGAAUGGUUGUUGUCAACAAUCAGGAUUGUUACACCUACAAUUGGUGGAUUUUAUGGAAUCCAGGAUAUCUUGCGAACCAACUUCAAUGGUUACACGAUGUUCUGCUGCUUGCGGAGCAGAAUGGCGAAAAGGUACAUCUUCUGGCACACAUUCCAUAUAGUUCUAGCGGGUCAACCUUCGUCGUGUGUCAGCGGGAGUUUCGACGCAUCGUCGAACGGUUUCAUGAUACCAUUAGUGGAAUAUUUCACGGGCACACUCAUCGGGAUGAAUUUAACGUGUACUACUCGCGGGAAAAUCCUCAACAUGCCAUCAAUGUUGCUUGGAAUGGCGGUAGCGCAACCGCGUUCAGUGACAUUAACUUUAACUACGUCGUCUAUUACGUAGAUCCGGAAACAUACCAAGUAACCGAUUUUGAGUCAUACAUCUUCAACCUGACGGAAGCGAACCAAUUCCCAGAUCGUCGGCCGGAAUGGUUUAAACUGUAUUCCUUCGCCGAUGCGUUCGGCAUGCACAACCUCAGUCCGGCCGAAGCGGAUACGAUGCUUAAACGACUCGGUACUCCGGCCGGGCGAAGCGAGCUGCGCCAGUACUGGGAGUUCAAGGUCAAGAUGGGAGACCCCUCGCUGGCAGCCGGCUGCAAUGACGACUGCCUGCUGAAUCAUCUGUGUCAAGUUGUCGUUACCGAGCUCGGUGACGAUGUGAAAUGUGACGAACUGAGGGACACGUUUUUCGAUUGA